AUGCAAACCGCAUCAGUAUUAAUCCUUGCUCGAGGUGGUUCGAAAGGAAUACCUUUGAAGAAUAUACAAAAAGUAGGUGGUAUUACCCUUCUUGCUCGUACCAUACUAACUGCAAAGAGGGCUGGAUUUUUUGAUAUAACUGUGUCAACAGAUCAUCCUCUGAUAGCAUUAGAAGCUCUUAAGUAUGAAACGACUAUUUUAAAGAGAAGUUAUGCUACAUCAUCAGAUUGGGCUCCUUCUAUAUGGGGUGUACAGGAAUUUAUCCAAAGUAGGCCGGACGUUAAAAUUUUAAUUCUCCUUCAGACUACUUCACCAUUUAUCAAAGCAGAACAUUUAUAUUCUUCUUUCCAUAAACUGAAUUAUCCAAAGCCUUUCGAUUGUGUCUUUUCAAUAACAAGAUCUCAUCAACUUCGUUGGAGUUAUGCUAUUGUUGGUACAAUUCCAUUAAAUUUUCAAUAUAAAAGUCGUCCACGGAGACAGGAUUGGAAUGUUAAAAUGUCAAGAGACGCAGAAGAAGUAACAUUUGAAGAACUAGAAUCAACAGAUGUAAUUAGUGUUGAACUAGUUCCUGAAAGAAAAGGCUUGAUUUUAAAACAUUGUGAAUAUUAUGUGAGUUCUCGGCGAUAUGGCACUACUGUUACAAGGAGAUACAAUGAAUUUGUGCAGCUUUAUGAUGUCUUACAUGCAAAAUAUCCCUAUCGAGCCGUAUGCAGCUUACCUCCCAAACGUGUAGUAGUUGGUGGGGGAAGUCCCUUAUUCCUACAACGUCGUCGCGCGGCUCUCCAGCGCUGGUUAACUUUGGUCGCCAGGCAUCCAGUAUUGGCUCAUGAUGCAGAUCUUAGAAUGUUUCUGUGUGAGAGCUCACCGAGACUGGACAAGCCAAAACAUGAUGAGUUCAUACUUGCUGGUACACAAGAGGAUAACCCGAAUGAAAUGACAACCGACGAGAUGCAAGAGGCCUUCGCAUCGGAACAAGAGGAAUUGCGGUUGACGCAUUUGGGAAUGGGUCGCCUGUUCAAAAUUUUUGAAAAAGUAGAGAGCCGGUGCUCGUCGGAGAGGGCGGACGUGCGCGAGCUGGGCGCGGCGCUCACGGCGCUGGCGGCUCGCGCGCCCGCCGACUCGCCGCGCUGGGCGCGCAUGCGCGACUCGGUCGCCGCCGCCGCGCGGUUAGCAACGGAGACGUGCGACACGCCGCCCGAGCCGGCGGAGGACGAGGCGAUGGAGCUCACGCUGCUGGCGCUGGACGCGCUGGGCGCGUACCGGCAGCUGUGCGCGCGCCUCACGCGCGGCCUUCACGCCGAGCGCGCCGCCGCCGCCGCCGCCGCCUCCGCCGCGCCGCCCUGCGCCGCCACGGUCGCGCUCCGCAGCCGCCACAGAUACGCGCUCCGGUGCGCUGUCGAGGAAGCGAGAACAGCCCGCGCGUACGCGCUGUCCGCGCUACAGGCGCUGCCGGAGCUGCCGCGCGCGCGGGGCGCGGCGCACGCGCGCGCCGCCGCGCUGUGGGCGGACCUGCACGCCGCGCUGCAACACCCGCACUCUAAGAAAAUUAACAAA